CAGCGCUUCCGCUCGUGCUGUGAGAGCUGCUGUUGUGCGCGCGGUGCUCACCGAAGACAUGUUCACUCACUCUCGCUGUCUCACCCGCAGCCUCGGCCGCUCCAUCACCGCCCUACGACAGGGUAACAGUGUUCUUGCAAGAUGGACUACAUCAGGUAUUUCAGCUAGUCAGUGUGUCGCCUUCACGAACAGUCUGAGAUUUGAGAGCCGGUCAAGUGUGUAUCAAAUCAGAUACUUCAACACAACUGCAGCUCGUAGGAAUGAAGUUAUCACAGUUAACACACCGGCGUUUGCAGAGUCUGUCACAGAGGGAGACGUGAGGUGGGAGAAAGCUGUUGGAGACACUGUCUCUGAAGAUGAGGUUGUGUGUGAAAUUGAGACUGAUAAGACGUCGGUGCAGGUGCCCUCCCCCGCUGCAGGAGUGAUCGAGGAGCUGCUGGUUCCUGAUGGUGGGAAAGUGGAAGGAGGAACUCCUCUGUUCAAACUGAAGAAAGGAGCGGGAGCUGCUAAGACAGCAACAGCACCUCCUCCUGCAGUUGAGUCUCCUGCAGCAGCAGCGACGCUGCCUCCUCCUCCUCCUACUGCCACUGUAGGCCCCAUCCCCACCUCAAUGCCCCCAGUGCCCCCUGUGCCAGGACAACCCAUCCAGUCCAAACCAGUUUCAGCCAUUAAACCCAGUGCAGCUCCUGCAGCAGCGGCUGUAGACACUGGAGCCAAACCGGCUCGAUCAGAACACAGGGUGAAAAUGAACCGCAUGAGGCUGAGAAUCGCUCAGAGACUGAAGGAAGCUCAGAGCACCUGCGCCAUGUUGACAACCUUCAAUGAAGUGGACAUGAGCAACAUAACAGAGAUGAGGAAACAAUAUAAAGAUGCUUUCCUGAAGAAACAUGGCAUUAAACUGGGCUUCAUGUCAGUGUUUGUUAAAGCUGCUGCCUACGCUCUGACAGAUCAGCCUGCUGUUAAUGCUGUCAUUGAUGAUACAACCAAAGAGAUUGUGUAUCGGGAUUAUGUGGAUAUCAGUGUGGCAGUCGCUACACCAAAGGGUCUAGUGGUGCCGGUGAUCAGAAGUGUGGAGGGAAUGAACUUCACUGACAUUGAGAAAACCAUUAAUGAACUGGGAGAAAAGGCUCGUAAGAAUGAGCUGGCAGUGGAGGAUAUGGAUGGCGGCACGUUUACCAUCAGUAAUGGAGGAGUGUUUGGAUCCAUGUUCGGGACGCCGAUCAUCAACCCUCCACAGUCGGCUAUUCUGGGCAUGCACGGCAUUUUCGACAGGCCUGUGGCUGUUGGUGGGAAGGUUGAGAUCAGGCCGAUGAUGUACGUGGCUCUGACAUACGACCACCGUUUGAUUGACGGCAGAGAGGCGGUCAUUUUCCUCCGAAAGAUCAAGUCCGUGGUGGAAGACCCACGAGUGCUGCUGCUAGAUAUGUGAAGAGACGUGGAACAUGAACGAACAGACACCUCUUUCCUCACACAAAAGUUCUCAUCUCGCACAGAAUGGUUAUAACCACACAACAUCCCCCAUCUGCAUUUGCAUUCGCAUUCUGUCGAUAAACAAGGGGAUGAAACGUAUGUUUGGAUUUGCAUCGAUUAGCCUCAAGUUAAGUUGUGAUAUAAUGUCUGCCGGGGAUUCAGAAUAUAACCGUUUGUUGCCCUCGCGAGAAAGCUAUUACGCUACAUGCUUCUCGCUGUCCUUAUUGCUUUAUUGUAUGUACAAUUAAACGCACAGAAAAAACAAUCCAUACAAUUGUUUUUCUCUAAAUGGUAAAUGAAUUAGAGUAAUAUACAGUAUAUCUUAUUUAAUAUUUUCAUUGUAAAACCAGAAACGCUAUGUUCCAAUGUGUCAGUUUCAGGUGUUUGUUUUUGUACACUUUUUAGUAAACAAGCCCACAACAUGUCACGCACAUCUCCAGAGGAACAGAUUCUGUCUACCCUGUGUAAAGAACCAAAACUAUAUAAGGAGGAAAAAAGAUUUUAAACAAUAAAUGAAUGAAAUGCUCAUGGUCCGUGCCUAUUAUUUUUAUUAUUAUUAUUAUUUUACAAACUGAGGGACGAGUCAAAUACUUUUGUGUUGAUUAACAUUAUGCCACAAAUGCUGUCGACUCUUGAGCUUAUGGUACCUGGAAUAUUUAAGGAACUGGUUUUUGUUCAAGAUAAAGGGAUAUGAGGGAUUAAUAUCAAAGGGCCUUUAGUCUGAAACACUUCAAAUGCAGUGGUUUAAUCCAUGUCUUCUGGAGCAAUCCAAUCGGUUUUGGUGAGAACAGACCAAAAUAUAAUUCCUUUUUCAUUGCACUCUCUUUGCACGAUCAUGACUUCAAGCUCUCCUAUGCUUGUGCAGAGCACUAGUAAAGUCUUUCUAGCAAGUCAGUUCACCGUCGGCCCAGUCUGGAGCGCUCCCAGGAGCUUAUUUCCAGUCCUGACCGUGCAGCUACUAUCUACUUGAAUGGGGAAAAUACAGAAAGCUCCUAAAUGGUUGAUCAAGAUUGUGAUCAAAGAACAUAUUUCAAAUCAGCAAUAAAAUGUAAUAAUAUUGGAAUAAUAAAUUGUGCUUCUUUACCUCAUAAAAGCUAAAACACACAAUUUCCCCAUCUUGUAUGUGCAUGCAUGUUGGUUGACAAGUGAUGUCUAAAAGGUGAUUGGCUCUUUUAACAGUAAAGCGGGACUUCCUUUAUACAUCUGUUGACCGUUGGGAGCUGGAAGUCCUUGGUUGGGCAUUACAAUUUCUCCCAUUCAUUUAAAUAGAAGUGACCCAUCUCAGCUAAACAGUCUCUGGCACUAGAUGGCACAAUAGGAAGUGUAAUUGAGCUUUGAAAUCAUGAUUGCCAAGGAGACUACUUUCAAGAUUUAUAGUGAAAAAUGAAUUAUAUUUUGGUCUGUUCUCACCCAAAAACAAUUGGACCACUUCAGAAGACAUUGAUUUAACCACUGACGAAUGGGUUAAUUUUUAUGCUGACUUGAUCUGCUUUUUGGAGCUUCAAAGUCCUGGCCACCAUUCACUUGCAUUGUCUGGACCUGCAGAGCAGAGACAUUCUUGUAAAUAUCAGCAUUUGUGUUAAGCUGAAGAAAGUUAAACACACCUGGGAUGACAUGAGGGUGAAUAAAUGAUGAGAGAUUUUUCAUUUUAUGGUGGGCUUCUUGGCUCUGGCUGUUGGAAUAGCAAAUACAUCUCCUGAACUACCAUAUUACAUCUGUGUUUGUCAUUAUAAGUCGUCUUUAAAGGCAUGAAUGGUUUAUUUGAUGCAAUCACACAAGAUCAAGACAUGGUAUUGAGAUAUUUUGCAUGUUUGAAACAUGAUGGAUGC